UGUUGUCAGCGCCGACCACCAGGUAACGAUUCUCCACACUAUACUUCCUGCCUCUUUUUACCUGCUCGAUGAACACACCUUGAUGUAACAUACGAUGGAGGUGUGCACACACACUCGGAGGUACCACGGUAACCCGAUCAGAUCCCAUGUGCAUUGAAAUUAUGAUCGAGCUCUCCCCCAGCUCCCCAAGUCUCCGCAUUUAGCAUUCCUCUUGAGAACUCGAAGAGCCGAAGUACUUGAAUUUCAUUAGAGUGAAAACACUGGAUAAAGAUGAGUACUCCAGAGUCAGUGGACACUCCAGACAACGCAGUGGUACCAAACAUCAGUGAUAUCUCUGAGAAGACGCGGAACUGGGUGCAGUUCGAGGAGGAGCCCGUGGCGGCAGCCGUGCCAUCGUCAAAGGUUCGGGAUAAUCAUGGACGCCCCGAGGAGUCUCCACCCGAGGUGGUGGCCAUCGACCCCGAGAAGAUAAAAAAAUCCAUCGAGGAGAACGAGGGGAAGAGCCCAAGAGGCAACGAGUACAGUGGAGCUGUGAUAGCAACCGAAUCCGUCCAACUCAAUUUAGACAGAUCGGGAUUGAGCCGAUCAAUAUCCUCGGACAGUCCUGAGAAUAAUGUGCCUUCGGACGGUAAAAUUCCGGACCCAAAAAGUGCCUCUUUGAAGACUAUUGACCUUAGGGAUACGUCCAACGGUAGAAGUCAUGUUAAUAAUGUUAUUAGUACACCAAUUGGCAACAUAAGACGAGGAUUUGCCAAUGGGGACACCAUUGUCACCCUGUUACCCGUAAACACGAGGUGGCCCUGGAUUACACCUGCUAAAUUUCGACCUGAACUUGUGCCGGAGGAGCUUAUGGCUCAGGGACUUACGUUAACAGUGGAAGAUUAUGUCCACAUAAUGGAGUUGCUGGUCAACGACGUGCGCUUCAACAUGUACAACAUCUGCUACAAACGCAUUCUUGUACUGUGGAUCUUCACAGCGUUCGUCAUUCUCCUGGGGCUUUUGUUCUCAGGUAUAACAGGACUGACUCUUUUCGGUCUUGGAAUAAUGUGGCUCAUCAUGAACGCAGCAGCGAUCUUCCUCUGCAUGUUCGUUAAGAUAAAGCUCAAUCAUAAUUUGGAGAAGUGCAUGGCUCAAGUGAAUAAACACCUGUUGCGCCACAAGAUUUUGCUGGGGCUGGAUGACAGAGGGAAGAUAUCGUGUCACAAAGUCAACUUGUGCUUCAUUUAUUUUGACACGACUGAUUGCAUUAAAAAAUUGCAAGAGGUCAUUGAACGAGAAGAACGAGACGGUCGAGUGAUUGGUGGCGAUGAGACGAGCGAAAUGCAACGCCGGAGACAGGAAUUGCAGCAGCGUAUGGACAUUGAUGAUAGUGAUAUCGUUAUUCAAGGCUCCUCCACUACACGACUGUCUCGUAAACAGGAGCGGGCGGAGCUGUUGUUGCUGAGAUAUGCAGCACGAUGGGCUCGUAACUUUGUCAGACACAGGCUGGACCUGGUUGUUGAUUCACAGGAUCGUAACAGGGUCAUCAUUGGAUCUACAGCUUCUCCCCGUCACUGUAUAUUCGCCCGUUGUCCUUGUCAGUUUAUCGAGGAUCAUCUCAAAUGCAAGCCCAAAGCUGGAAGGAAAGUGGAACAAAUAUCUGUGCUAUCACGUAAUCACGCUUUAAAUACUUGAGAAAAAUACUGUGGUUGUGAAAAAUUCGAUAUCCACCGGGCUUCACCUGGUGCUCAUACUUGAGUGAUCCUGCCAUUAGGUAUGAUCCUCCGUACUACGUGAGCCCAUCAAACUGAAGUUUAUAGAUUUUAUUUCCUUAAGUAGUGAACUAUUAGUGGUGGAGUGCUACCAGAAAAUGUUGCAAAUCGAUUUCUCAGGUGAUAAAAGAAUCGCCUUUUAAUGAGAUAAUCGAACAGCUCAUAGAAAGAUCAGUUUUUCCUUACUUCACAAUUCAUUCCAAGGGUGACAAUGAACACUAAUAACAAUAUUUUAUUUGAUCCAAGUACAUAUCUAAAUCAAAAUGGAUAAAAUGGAAGUCGUUGGAGGAGCUCUCAAAUAGUAUUAGAAUAGUUUAUAAGGGAAAAUUUACCAGUGUUGUGAAUGUAGUUAUAGAAAUUAGUUGUUUCUUAAGAAAGAUAUGCCCACAUCCCCAUAGUCGAAACGAAUGUCCAAAUUCAACACACCGGUUAUAGAUAUUUUUUAGACCCGAAAAAACGUUUGAAAAAACUGACAACUUGUCUGAGUUUGAGACAUUCUUCUGUGAUGUGCCGGAGUGUACAAGGGGAACGUGCCUUUAAAUGUAAAUGAGGUAUCACCUGUUCAAUGAGUCAACAAUUGAGCCUUAUCCUCAUGAAAAUUGAUUCUCAUUACGAUUGAAGGAUUAUUCACAAAAUAUUUUGUAUAAUUUUUUUUAGUCACCGAGUGAUCAUGGUACCGUUUAAAAAACUAGAAUUUUCAAAUCUCAUCUUUCUUUUUUUCUCCUCGUAGUAAAAAAAAUCCAGAUUAACUUUUAAGCGGAAAGGUAGGUCAGCUGUUGACUCAUUUGACAUAGAAUACCUCAAAUAUUGAUUGAUAUUAGUUAUCCGUCCAGUCGAUAAGAGAUAUCAUACAAUUCCAAUUUAUGAUGUUGCAAUGACAAAAAGUAUUUGCCUUUCUAUACUUUUUCCUUUAUAGAAAAAUUGAUGGAAAAUGAAAUGAACAUAUCUUUACACGUAUUAUUCAUGUAUAAAGAUUUUAUAAUAAAGUAAAUAAGGUAAUUACAUGAA